GUUCCAUUCUCAGACAAACUCCGACGCCACCCCUUCGGACCAUCUUCCCCCCCCCGCUCACCUCUCCCUCUCAUGACGCUGGCGACUGUGCGUAUUGCACUCUUUGCCUGCCUUGUUCUACUCCCGUUGGCUGCCUCGGCCCGAGACCCCGACGAGGAUCGUAAUGUCACCGAAAUCAUUCGCGCGCGUGGCUUCAUUGGCGACGAUCACAAAGUCGUCACGGAGGACGGGUACAUCCUGACCAUCCAGCGAGUGCGUGCACCAGGCGCCACAGCGUUCAAGGGCGCAGUGCUGCUCCAGCACGGAUUUAUCGACUCGAGCGCGACCUGGGUCAUGACCUCGGAAACCAACGCGACCAAAUCGCUGGCGUUCUACCUGGCUCAGAGUGGCUGGGACGUGUGGCUGGGCAAUUCGCGAGGCAACAUCUAUAGCCGUGCGCACACAACUCUGUCGCCAUCGGACGAUGCGUUCUGGGAUUUCACGUUCGACGAAUUCGCUGCGUAUGACGUCCCUGCCAAGAUGGAGUACAUUCUCCGGGUGAGCGGGUUUAGCUCCUUGUCCUACAUUGGACACAGCGAGGGCUGUGGCCAAGCGCUCGCCGCCUUCUCGUCCAACAAGACUGUUGCGGCCAAGAUUGACACGUUUGUUGCCCUGGCCCCUGCCGCAUUCCUGUACAACACUGCCACCAAUCUUUCUCGCGCUUUCGAGCUGUUUGUGAGCGAUAACGACAUUUACAAGGUGCUCGGUCGCAAGUCCUUCCUCGAGUUUAACAGCACGGACGAUCUGACCACAGUUUGCAACGUGAUUCCGGCCGUCUGCGAGGACGUGGUGUGCGCUGCGGCAGGCUGUCUGAACACGUCCUCGGUCGACCCGAAGCGCCUGCCAGUCAUUCUUGCGCAUUACCCUGCAGGCACCAGCGUCAAGGAUAUGAUUCAUCUGCAGCAAGGAACCAAGAAGAAUGUGUUUGCCAAGUUCAACUACGGCAUCGUUGAGAACGAAAAGCGUUACAACAGCACACAACCGCCGUCGUGGGAUGUUGAGCACUGGACCGUUCCACCGCUCGCCGUCUUUUACGGCUCGCAGGACAAGGCCGCUGAUCCCCUGGAUGUGCAGCAUUUGCUAUCGCUUCUUCCCCCAAGUGCUCUUGUCUACGUUGAAGAAGUCCCUAGCUUUGGCCACGGUGACUUUGUGUGGUCCAUGUACGCGGCCGACCUCAUCUACGCCAAGGUGCUGUCGCUGCUGAAUGCUGGCCUCUAGAGUGGUGCCACAAAACCUUCUCUUUGCGCAAGGAUGCGACACGCGAAGGGCCCUUGGCCGUUGCAAGCCGUGCUUUUUUUGUUGAGAAUACAGUAGUUUGUCGUUGCU